AUGUCUCCAGGCAACAGUAAUCUAGCGCAUAUCCCAUGCAAAUUUUUCAAGAGUGGAGCUUGUACUGCAGGAAAAAAUUGCGUCUUCUCUCAUAGCAAGGAUCCUCCAUCUGAUAAUUACGUUUGUAAAUACUUUUUAAAAGGAAACUGCAAAUUUGGAAGUAAAUGUGCUCUUUCUCAUACUUUACCAAAUGAACGUAAAUUAAGUUCAACCGGUAGAAAUGGAAAUGGCAAAAAUGGAAGGAAUAGUAUUUCCAAUAGUAUCAUUCCAGAAAUUAGGUCACCUAUGAUGCUUCCUCAAGAUCUUAAUGAUUAUCAACCUCUUAAUUCUCCUGGAAUUCCUCCAUUUACUCGUAUUCCGAUUAGUUCUUCUGAAUAUGCGAAUAACAGACAGUUCAGUCAAUUAACCGCCUCUUUGAAUGAUCCAUCUGCUUACUCUGAUGAGAAUCAUACCGCUCCAAGAUUACGAAAUAUCAAUAAUAGUUUUAGUAACGAUCAUUUAACUGCACCAAUAAAUAUUAACGGUCAGCAACGAAGAUCACUUCCUGAUAUUUUUCAUUUGGGUGGUCCAAUGAAUCAUAAUAAUAAUAAUCAUAAUCAUAAUAAUAAUAAUCAUAAUAAUAAUAAUCAUAAUAAUACUGCUGAAUCUUUUGGAACUUCUCCAUUUCAUAAUCCUAACAGCAAAUCAAUCUUUUUACCACUUUCUUAUGUUAGCGAUAGUGGUCUGCUAUCGCCUACUGCUAAUUCUCAUCAUCUUCAUAUCUUUGAUGAUUUUGGUGCUUAUGAAUACGAAGAAUUUAUUCCUUCUUCGUUGAAUGACUUUAGACAAGAAGAAACUUCUGAAUUAAGUCCUAGGAGAUUAUUCAAUGGUUCCUCUACGUUACAUCCUUUGCAUAUAGAUGAUCCUACACAUAUUCAUUUUGCAGGAAGUGCAUAUGGUGGUCAACAUCCUUUUGGAAUUCAUUCUGGUACAAGUAUGAGAAAUAAUACUUAUGGUGAAGAUUGGAAUGAUCAACACUCCCCCCUUAGUCCAUUACAUAUUCACAAUCAAAAUAAUCAUCAUUUCAAUCAUAAUAACCCAUCAGGUUAUACUUCUGAUCAUCAUGGUCCUUACUCGGGUACUCCAGCUAUAAACAUUCCAUUACCUCACGAGGUUCAUCAAACUGAUACAAACUCUCCAUUGUAUCCUAGUUUCGGCAUUAUAGGCCGACCAAACGUAAAUAAUAUUAAUGGCAAUGGUAAUAAUGCCAAUGGUCGUCCAACAACGCCUCCAGAUCCAUUUAGUCCUUUUGAUAAAAAUGAUCAAAUUAUCGACUCGAGGCGUUAUGAGCCGUUAUGUCCUUUCGGAAUGGCUGGAAACUGUCGAUAUGGAGAUCACUGUCAUUAUCUUCAUGGUAUGCCUUGCCCUUCUUGUCUUAAACAUGUCUUGCAUCCCUAUUCUACUCCUGAAGAACACCAAGAACACAUUAAUGAAUGUAUUAACAAGCAAGUCCAAGUUGCCGAUGGUGUUAAACCAGAAGAAGUUGAAUGUGAAAUUUGCUUUGAGAAAGUUUUAUCAAAAACAGACGCUCGUUUUGGUCUAUUAAAUUGCGAGCAUGCGUUCUGUUUACAAUGUAUUCGUCAGUUGAGAUCUGUGGAUAAUCAACUUACUCGUGCAUGUCCCGUUUGUAGAACACCAAGUCACUUUAUAACUCCAAGCACUACUUGGAUUACAGAUCGUGCUGAGAAACAAAGGGUGAUCAACGAAUAUAAACGUAAAUGCAGCACAAUUCCGUGUAGAAAUUUUAAUUAUGGUGAAGGACAAUGUCAAUUUGGUGCUUCUUGUUUCUACGCGCACACUUAUCGUGAUGGCACAAAAGAGGAAUUUAAUGUUCGUACUAUUCAAAAUGGUGAAGAAGUUAAAGUCUUAGAUAACGUUCGUUUAUGGGAUUUCUUGGAAGAUUUUGCAAACAAACGCACAACUACCGAAAAUUUAACCAAUGAAUAUGGUAAUGAUAAUAGCGGAAUGUUGAAUGGAGAGAAUAACUACGGUGAAAAUAAUAAUAAUGAUAAUGAGACUGAUUAUUCUACGGUUACUCUCACUACUUUGAUGUCAAAUUUGUCAGUUGAUUCACCAGUUUUCAUACCUUCUGUUAAUGGGUCUGCUGAUUUCAUGAAAAAUGACUCAACUGAGGAGAAGUAUUAUUGAUAUCCUCGGAGAGAAACAAAGCAAUUGAAAUUAAUUGAUUUAUAGAAAUAGGUUAAAAAAAAAAUAAUAAUAAGGCUUGCAGCAUGCGAUUUUUAUCAAAAAAGGGAAAGAAAAUCGUUUUCCGCAUGCCCAAAAGUAGUUUCUUUAGUUAGAUUAUAAAAAAAAAAUUGAGAGAUCAAACGAAAAAAAUUUUUUUUUAUAAAAAAAUUUUAUGUACAAAAUUAAUUAGUUUGAUCAAAUCUUUUGUUAUAAAUAAUAUAUAUACAGUAUCAAUAUCAAUGUAUACAAC